CCUUCGCUUGCUAUUUAUGGAGCAAGAUUAUUAUGGACGUAAAGUAAUAUCAAGGAUGGAAUAAGUUGAAAGCUGGAGAGCAUCAUGUAUCUACGCCGCACAAUUGUCUAACUGGGCUUGGCUCUGAGUUACAUGUCGUUUCUUUGCGCACAAAUGCCAAGAUGUUAGACAACACUGCUAAUAUGGAACUGAAUAAUGUGGGAAGCAACAGAAGUUCUAUAUAUCUGGCACUAUCAUUUCGAAAAUUAUGUCUGGUAACAGUUGGCUUACCACUUGUAUCAUUGUUGUUUUGUUUCGUUACGGCAUAUAUAUUCCAACAGGAUGACAUUCACGAAACUCAUUGUAGGGUCUAUAAUAUUCUUCCAUCAAUCUCAGCCAUUACUGGAGUAUCCUCUCAGAGGUAUCUAUGGCGUAUCAGCAUAGCAUUACACAUUGGACCUAGACUGAUUAUUGCCAGUGUUUAUCAUUCAUAUUAUUACAACAUACUUAAGAACAUUGAAGAUGUGCCUCUAAAAAUUAUGGGAAGUAGGCUCCUAAAUUUAUGCUAUUGGCUAAAUAUUGCCGAGGUAGCAGCUUUGUGUGGUGUAACAUACAUUUCUAACAGGGAAAUUAUUGUAAGUAAUUUAGCGGUACACGAAAAAAUUUUCAUAGUGUUCAUGAUUAGUUCGCUCACAUACAUGCUGAUUGCCGUAAGAUUGGGUCGCCUAGUAACUCCAAAUGCACAAAGCCUUCAGUACAAACAGAUGCUUUUUAUGACAAGUCUCGUCAGUACAAUUGGUCUUAUUAUCUUCUUCUUGAAACAUCGGCUGCUGUGUCACGAUUUGGCAUUUAGUUGGUUCUCGCUAUGUGAGUAUGUGAUAGCUUGCAAUAUGGGAUUUCACAACGUUGUUUUGGAUUUUCCAAAAGAUCAACUGGUCGUAGGUCACGAUUUACCUGCCGCGAAAAUAGAUUAA